GCUAGGAAAAGUUUGUCAACAUCUUCUUCGGCUUUCCGUGCCAGUGCUUCAUACCUGCAGUGCCAAUACCACGGAACAUCUUCUUCGACAUGGAUGCCUCCGACAAUCGCAGCCCACAUGUCAUCGCUCUCUUUGAUGUAGAUGGUACUCUUACAAAACCACGCCUCGCUGCGACACCAGAGAUGCUCGCAUUUCUAAAGGAACUUCGCUCCAAGAUUAUCAUCGGCAUGGUCGGCGGUUCUGAUUUGCAGAAGCAAAAAGAACAGCUCGGCGAAGGCGUCCUAGAUAUGUUUGACUACACUUUCUCUGAGAAUGGCCUCGUGGCUUACAAGGGAGACCAUCUCAUUGCUGAAGCUUCCAUUACAGCUCAUUUAGGCGAAGAACGUCUUCAAAAGCUCAUCAACUUCGUCCUUCACUACAUCGCGGAUCUUGAUAUUCCGAUUAAGCGCGGUACCUUCAUCGAAUUUCGAAAGGGAAUGUUGAACGUUUCCCCAAUCGGACGAAACUGCUCGCAGAAAGAAAGAUGUGAAUUUGAGCAAUAUGACAGCAAGUCCAAAAUCAGAGAACGCUUUGUUGCAGUGCUAAAGGAAAAGUUUCCCGAAUAUGGCCUUACUUUUUCUAUUGGCGGCCAGAUUUCUUUCGAUGUGUUUCCUACAGGCUGGGAUAAGACCUACGCUCUCCAGUUCGUCGAUCACAUUAAGGAAAUUCACUUCUUCGGCGACAAGACCUACGAGGGCGGGAAUGAUUUCGAGAUCUACGAAAGUCCGCGUACCAUCGGACACUCAGUCAAGACUCCGGAUGAAACCAUGUCCGCUUGCAAGGCCGUGUUCUUAUCCUGAGGGAACUGCUCACCGAACCCAGUGAAAGUUUUCUCUUAAAGUCCACAGUUGAUCUAUUCAAAAUCGUUCAUGAUUAUGAAACCCCAUUGCCGUGCUGAGAGUCACUGAUAACAUCACAGAGUUCUGACGACGAAAGGCUUACGGUGGCCGGCUGUAUCCCUCUUGACUGAGCAGACACGCGUGCUGUCAACGUCAAUCGUUGUCCCCGGAAUAUCUCUGCAUCUAGGAUGUGGAGAGAAAUCAAGUUAAGUCUGCAAGCAUGCCAUCAUUGUACUCUUUCGAAAUAUACUAGGUAUUUCACGCUUGUGAACUAGCGAAGCAGGUACAAGGGACUUUAACUUCCAUUAAAUAACUACAACUCAUAUUAGUA